AUGCCUCGCGAUGAGGAGGAUGCUAUCCUUUCACUCGGUGGAUUCGCCCUCGAAGGCCUUUUGACCGAUUUGGAUGCCGAUGCUGUUUCAGGUCUACGUGCUCAACUCGGUUUAAGCUCAGCGAAUAUAGGUUACGGACGAGAGGAUUUAUACAAUGGCAAAUUUGCUGACGACGAUGCGGGUAUACCUUCUGACUACAGAGAAAGCAUAUCACAAGACGGACGUGGCGGCCUCCAGAGUGGCUCUUCUAUGCGGAAGGAUUGGGAAGAUGAAGUUGACAAAGAAUUUCAAGAGGAACUGGACAGACGACCUUCAACGAUCGGCAAAAUCCCAAGUUCACCAACAGUAAUCGGAAUCGAAAAGAAUCAACCUGAACCUGCUAGCGUACAUGACCUCUUCCCAACUUUUGUCGAAGGUGGUAUACUUCAAUUCACCGACUUGUUCGCUACAGUACCCAGAAAACGUCAAAAAAUUAGCGGUGGUUAUGUGGAUGUAAACUUCCCCGAAAACUUGCCCCUUGCCGUGUCCACUUCGCACCUCUUACGAGACCCCAUCAUCAAUGUGAACCAACGAACGACUGAUUACAACAAGCUACCUGGUAUGCUAGAAGAGGCAUACCGUGAACUAAUUGCAACAUCGCCUCCAAUCAAACAAGAGUCAAAUAUGCGUCCAAACGUAGUUUCAAGACCACCAGUAGUAGAGAAGUCCCUUGCACAACUUCUAGCUCAGCAGGCGGCCAAAUGCUCGACACCCUGGAAAAUUCCGCAUGACGAUCGCGGAUGGCAAGCUCUUUCAAUGCAAGAUUGGGAAAAUGAUAUUAUUUGGAAACCGCAACCAUCACCCGAUUCUCUUUCUCAACCUAUUGAUACACUAACACGACUAUCACGACCACGCAACCCAGAAGUUGAGGAGGGUGAUUGGCUCAAUUGCAUAAUCUAUGAUGCUAAAACCCGCCCUUGGAAGGAUUUUACCACUCUGCAUAUCGUUGAAGAAGAUGCUAGAUCGUUGUCCAACAACAACGCGCAAGGUGCCGAAAUUGAGAAAGAGGUGGUGAAGAGCAAGGGGCCUAUCGCCCGAACGACUUCAAGCACAUGGAAUCGAGAUAGCAAGCAGCAAACAUUAGAUCCAUUCAACUUAUCAAAUGAUCGAUUUUACGAAGUGUCUAAGGAGCAUCGUCGACGUGUCAGACAGACGUUUGGCAAUUUGGAAGUCCAACAUUCUUACCCGGCUAUGAAAUUACAGCUUCCAUUGUACAAAACACGUCUUACAAAACACGAGGCUAGAUCUUUCCACAGACCAGCCCUUCAGUUUCCUGUCAACGUCCCUAUUAAGUUCUCGAAAGUUAAGGUCGCCAAGAAGAAAAAAGACAAAGCGGGUCGCAAGAUUAGAAACACGGCUCCAGCAGCUGAACUCCUAAAAAACACAACCGACUUGACGUUAAAAGAUACUGGCCCCUUUAUGCUGUUUGAGUAUUCUGAAGAAGCUCCACCAGUGAUUUCUAACAUCGGCAUGGGUAGUAUUUUGGUGAAUUACUAUCGAAAGCAGAGUGAGCUGGAUGAUCAUAUACCAAACGAUGAUAUCGGGGAACCUUUCGUGUUAGAUGUAGCCGAUGAGUCGCCCUUUAUGAAGUUCGGAAGCAUUCGACCGGGCGAAACCGUACCCACUCUGUACAACAACCUCGUUCGUGCACCUCUCUUCAAACAUAAACCCAGCACAAAUGAAUUUUUGGUCAUCAGAAAUACGACAGAAACUGAGACGAACUACUACAUCCGACCAAUAGACCAUCUGUAUGUGAUCGGUCAAACAUACCCUGUCGUCGAAGUCCCCGGGCCUCACUCUCGUAAAACCACAACCCAAUUGAAACAUCGGCUGCAGACGAUCGCUUUCAAAUUAUGCUCUAAGUCGGAGGAUGGUCGAAUCAGGAUUGGUAAAGUGAUGAAGUAUUUUAAUGACCAAAACGAGAUGCAAAUGCGCCAGCGUCUAAAAGAAUUUAUGGAGUACACCAGAAAAGGCCACAAUCAAGGUUUUUGGACGAUUCGACCUGGUUUGAAAGUGCCGGACAAAGAAGAGAUAUUUAAAUUGGUGACUCCAGAGGGAGUCUGCUUAGCUGAAAGUAUGCAAGUGGGUCAGCGGCAGCUACUGGACGCAGGGUAUGGAAAAGAUGCCGAUAUUGAAGGCGAUGGAGAUGACCAGAGUAAAUUGGAUAUCGAGCAACAGUUAGCGCCUUGGAGUACCACGAAGAAUUUUCUUGCGGCUACUAGCAAUAAAGCAAUGCUCAGGCUAUAUGGAGAAGGUGAUCCCUCCGGAAGAGGGGAGGCUUUCAGCUUUAUCCGGGUGUCGAUGAAAGAAAUGUUUCUCCGGGACGGCGAGACUCUGGAAGAGCGACAAGCUGAACUUGCAUCUCGACCUAAAAGCUCGCACCGUUUGCAUGUUGGUGAACAGCAAGAUGUGUACAAACAAGAAAUCGAGCGAAUCUGGCAAGCUCAACGACAUGCAUUGAGUAAUCCGAAUCCACCGCAAUUGACCCAUGAAGACGAGAUACGAGCGCGCGGAGGUCGUGGUGGGGUUGGUAAUACACCUGCGAUGGCCGCUGACACACCCUUGCCACAUCCGUCCGCUGUCGGGGGUACUCCUGGUGACUGGAAUGCAUCUCGUCGCUCGCGAUCGCCUUCUACAUUCAGUCGACAGUCAUCACCAGAAAGAGACGAUGGAAUGAGUGUUGGAAGUCGUAAUCACGUAGUUGGAGCUAAUAAGGCAUUGAAAAUUAGGAGACUGAUCGAUGGGAAAUGGCAAACAGAAGUAGUUCGAGAUCCCACAGUUGUGAAUGCAUACCUCCGGCAGAGAAGACUGAUUGAUGAACAAGAAUCAUCUGCUGAGGCACUCAUGCCUAGUGAUGACCCAGAAAAAAAUAGGCUAGCCAAACGGAGAAUCGAAGAGGCAUUGGCCAAACUAAAACGAAACCAGGAACGGCGUCUUGCAAGGAAAAAUGCCAAAGAAAAUGCAGCGCUUUUUGCGAAACCUGGUUCUAACAGCAAAAUAGAUGCUGCUUUAUCGACUCCCGUUUCUGGAAGCAACCCUGUCCGUAAAUGUGGAAACUGUGGUCAGGUUGGACACAUGAAAACUAACCGCAAAUGUCCUCGGUGGGCGGAAUUCAACUCUGCUGCUGCUGGUGUAUUUGGAGCUGUCCCAGUGUCUACCCUUGGCAACUACACUGCCCAAGGUGGCUCAGCGGCCGCUGGGACCAGUGAGCACGGCGGAUCGGUAGCUGGAACUCCCAAUCCCGCUUCGUAUCAUGCUAUGGAGGACUAG